CUUGAGUACUGAAGCUUGGACGUCGCGACGCUUUGACUUAGUGAAAAUAAAAUAUUUAUGUUGUGCGAAAAGUAAAGGGAAAAUGAGUGAUUCUGAGGUCGAGAUUGUGGAUGUGACUGAGGACGAGCUGACGGAAUUUAAUCUGGCCAAGCUAAAAAAGCUGCGCGACUCUGCGUCCUUUGUCAGGAAUGUGGAGAAAACCUACAAGAACCACAUGUCCCACGAGAAGUGGAAGAAACUUAAUGAUCUAGCGAAUGUCUUGGAGAGCAACAUAACGUCUUCUGAGUUCUUUAUUAAGUUCCCGAACGAAAAGAUACGAAAGUUUCAGACUGUCAUUGCCAAUCUCAUGACGGAAUUUAAAACGAAUAAUGCUUGGUAUAGUUUUCAUGUAAACGCUUAUUGAUGGUGACAUUGACACUACGGAAUUAUUGUCAAAACUAAACUUUUCUGUACCACGUACCAAUUAAGAAGAAGCCACCGUGACCGUGAAUGGUGAGCGCUACCGCGCGUUAAGUGAUUGGUUCUUCGAGGAAAUUGAAGCGGAAGACUUGGACGAUUAUUGGGUUCAACAAGACGGAGCUACGGGCCACACAUCGCACGCCACAUUGAAGAACGAGAUUCGUGUUGCUAUUGCUGAGAUACGUGCCAAAACAAUUAAAAGUGCUCUCAAAAAUUGGGUAGAUCGAAUAGGCUACUGCCAAGUCAGCCGUGGUGGUCAUUUGACCGAAAUUGUUUUUCAUAAAUAAAUUACAUGAACCAACCUUUCCAAUAAAUGUUCAACCUUUGAAGAAUA